GAAACGUAAACGGAACUGGAGGGUAUUUUGAAGAAACAUCUCCGUCAGAUGGUUAGCAAAGGAUCCGUGUCAAUAUGUUCAAUAUGAUUACUAACCUAACACAUCGAACCUAGUUAUUAUUAUAGAUUUCCACACGUAAGAAAGGUUUCAAAGUGCCACUAUUGCAUCUGAAACGCCGUUGAUGUUUCACCUUGUCACCAAUAUAAUGUAGGCUAGAUUAGUUUAGCUUAUCCCAUAACAGCAAAGUUAUUAUCGUUUUUAAACUAAAGAAUUUACUGCACCGAUACAUUUAAUUUAGCUGAUCCUUGAGGAAUAUAAGUCCAGAGAGGCCAUGGCCAGUGUGCAUGAAAGUUUGUAUUUCAACCCCAUGAUGACGAAUGGGGUGGUCCAUGCCAAUAUCUUCGGGAUUAAGGAUUGGGUCACUCCAUAUAAGAUCUCAGUGUUAGCUUUACUGCACGAGAUGUCCACCACCAAACCAAUGGCGCUUCUGGACAGACGACGCCUGAAUAAACUCAUCCUGCCUUUACAACAGGGUCCAGAUUUGACUCUGGAGCAGUUUCUGAAGAUAGUAGAGGAGUGCUGUCUUCGCAUGGUCAAUGCUGUGAAACACAGGUUGUUUUUGAUGGCUGAUGGAGAGUUGCAGGACAUGGAGCACUUUUUUACCAUCCUGCCCAGUGCUUUCAGUGACUCGGAGGCAUUCAAAACUAGUGUUGUUGGUCUGUUCAUGCGUCAGAUGCUGCUGGCCUACAACAAACUGUCCUUCAGUCAGGUGUAUAAGCUGUACAAGUCCCUGCAGCAGUACUGCCAUCGUGGCAGUCAGCCUGAACUGUCGGCUCUGCCCACAGAAGACAUGGAGCUGACGAGCAAUGAGGAUCCCAGCGCUGACCACAUAGACAAAGACGAGCUGGACACAGUGUCUCUUCACCAGUCCGAACUGAGAUCUGACGAGAGCCGAGGUCCUUUAUCUCAAAAACAAGCAGAAUACUUCCUUGCACGACAGGCGUACCUCCUUAAGAAUGAUGAAAACAAGGCCAUGUCGCCGGCUAAACUACAGGACGAGCUCAACAACAUUCUCAAAUUCAAUCCUGACUUUGCUGAAGCUCAUUACCUCAGCUAUCUGAACAGCAUUCGAGUUCAGGAUAUCUACAUCUCCACUCACAGCCUCCUGCACUACUUUGACCGCCUCAUUCUCUCCGGUGGAGAGGGGAAGAGCAAUGGAGAGGAAGGCUAUGGCCGCAGUUUGCGCUAUGCUGUCCUGAAUCUGGCAACCUUGCACUGUCGCUUCGGACACUAUCAACAGGCUGAUUUGGCUCUACAGGAAGCGAUCCGCAUUGCACAGGAAGCAAAUGACCAUGUGUGUCUUCAACAUUGUCUGAGUUGGCUCUACACACUGGAACAGAUGAAAGGAUCUGAUAGUGUGGUAUUAACUGAAGACUCUGUGAAAAUUGCAGCUCACUUUUGUCUCCCUUAUUUGGCAUCUCUAGGCAUUCAGUCUCUGGUCCAGCAGGGAGCAAAGCAGGGCAUGCCGGCCAACAAGCUGCUGGACGCCCUGCGAGGAACCGACAUCAUGCACUGGAAGCAAAGCCUCUCAGAGCUGAUAGAAAUCAGUCUGGCACAGACCACCUCUAUAUGGAGGAUGUAUGGCAAAAGCACUAUGGCCCGGCAGCAGGCUCAGCUCCUGUUGAAUAUGAACAGUCUGGAGCCGGUGAACUUUAGUGUGCAGCAGAACAACACUGAGGCCUUUGCCGUCGCUCUUUGCCAUCUGGCUGAACUACACGCUGAGCAGGGUCUUUAUGCUGUUGUGAGUGACAUCAUGAAACACUUGAAGCAGCAGUUUCCUCCUCACACCCAACAUGCCAAACUUUGGAUGUUGUGUGAUCUGAAAAUUCAAUUUGAGAAGGCUAUGAAUGAUGGGAAAUAUCACAUGGCUGAGCCCCAUGUCACAGCUAUCUCAGCCUUAAACAGCACCGAGGGAUUGUACAGGAAAGCGCAGCUGCUGAAAGCUCUGAAUCAAGCGACCGAAGCCUCUCAGAUUCUCCAGCAGCUGCAGCAGCAGUGUGAGAAGAGUAAGAACAUAGAGAUGUCCAUCAGGGUGAUGCUGGCCUCGGCAGAACUUCACUGGGACUCGUCUGGUUUCGCGACAGCUCUGCCGUUACUCUUACAGGCUCUUGCUCUGUCACGCCAACACAACCUCCAGAGCUUGACCUCAGAGACGCUGUUACACCUGGCAUUUACACAGCUGAUGUUGGGGAUCCCUGAGCAGGCUCUUGUGCUGGUGCAGGACGUGCUGGAGUCAGUUUUGGCUCACGGGUCUCUGAUGGACAAGGGCAGAGCUCUGCUGCUGGCCGCUCGCUGUCAGAUGGCUUUAGCAGGAGCUGCUGCACAGGAACACAGACUGACUGGACUGGAACAAGCCGUGCACACUUUGGAUGAGGCAGCUGUGUAUUUCUCUCAGCUUGACUGUAAGGAGCGUAUAAGAGACAUACACUACCUACAGGCACGCCUGCAUCACACUCUAGGAAACAGCUCUCAGCGCAACAAAUGCUCCAUGCUCUUCCGCCUGCUGGAUCAGGAGCUCCCAUCGUCCGGGAUGACUGUGGUCAAUCAUCUUUAGGAAACCUCAGCUGCUGCGGUUCAUGAACGACACCAAACACUGUUGCCUGUACCGUGUGCAUAAAGGAAAUAAAUGUUUCUGUGUAUGUAAAAA